AUGGAAUCAACUAUGAAUUAUCCAAGUAAUGUAUCAUUGAAUACACCAAUUAAAAAAAUCAGAAAUCUUACAUUAAAUUCACCACCUGAUAGAAUUCAUCAUCAUAGUGAAAAUAAACAUAAACGAAAUAAAAGUAAUUAUGAUAGUAUUAAUAAUGAAUUAUAUCCAAGUAUUGAUGAUAUACAAACAUCACCAACUGUUUCUACGAUGUUACAAAAAGGUUAUUCUCAAAGAUUGACAAAUAAUGUUUUAUCUGAGUUGAAUUUAAGAGCUCAAGAGAUAACUCAAUCAAUGUCAUCACCUUCAACAACAAAAAUAGCGUCAAAUAGAAGUCAAUAUUCUCAACAACAACAACAGUAUCAACAGAAUCUAUUUAUUGGAGGUGAUACGUCAAGAAAUGGGGGAAAUCAAGUCAUGAAUAGAAGAAAUAAAAGAUAUAGUGGGAUACAUUUUAAUAAAUUUAAACAAAUGGAAUCAAUAAAUCAACAUUAUUCAAUACAUAAUAAUAAUAAUACCAAUACUAAAACUCCAUCACCACAAAAAUCUAAUUAUGAAUCAACACAUGUUAGAUCAUUAUCUAAAGAUACUAUACUUCAACAAAAUCAUCAUGGAUUAGAAGAAUCUGCAAGCAAAAGAAGAAGAACUUUAAAUGGUAAUGAUGAAGUUAUUGCUAUACCAAUAUUACAAAAUAAAGAGACUACUAUAAAAGAAUCUAAUAGUAGUACUAGUAUUAGUAGUAUUACGGGUAAUAAUAAUAGUAGUCCAAGUAGAAAAAUUUCACCAUCUAAAGGUUCAAGAAAUUUGAAUUCAAUGUUGAGACAAACUACUGAUACUGGAUCCCCAAAUAAAGAUGAAUUUGCCAAACCUUAUCCACCAAGUUUUAAAUUAAGACAAAGUUCAUUAGAAAUGGCAGGUGUUGUUCAACCUAGUAGCAAUAGUCAAUAUUUCCAACAACAACAACAACAACAACAACAAUCAAGAUUUAUUAAACCAAUGGUUCCUAGUUUACAAAGAAAAUCAUCAAUUCCAACAUUAAAUAAAAAACCAUCAUUACCAAAUUUAAAUAAAAAACCGUCAUUGCCAAAUUUAAAUAAAAAACCAUCAAUACCAUCGUUACAAAAGAAAUCUUCAAUACCUACAUUAAAUAAAAAAUCAUCAAUUCCAACAUUACAAAAAAAACCAUCAAUGAAUUCAUUAAAUCGACCUUUUGGUGGUAACACUCCAACAUCACCAACUGGUCCUGUUCCUAUUCCUCCACCUCAUGGUGAUUCAUUUGAUAAGAAACAACCAAUAUCACAAUUUAAUAAUUAUAAUUCCAAUCAUAACACUAUUACUAAUAAGAAUACCCCACAUUUAUCACGAGUAAGUCCUUCAAGAUCACUUGGAACUAGUUCAUCUACAAGAUCAAUCAAUUCUCGUGUAUUGUACAAUUCAACUAAUUUAAAUACCUUACCAAAAUCAAAAUCAGUAACGAUACCCCAACCUUUUUCAUUAUAUGAUAAACCCACAAUUUCAUCAUCACAAAAAUCAUUAAAUAAUUUUCAAAAAAAUUCAAAGAUAAAUUCAUUUAAUAAUUAG